GGAGGCCGCCAAGCCCUGCCCGCUCGGCCUGGCAGCGUCUCCAUCACCCAUCCCAGCUCGGCGGUGCUUCCUUGGAGAAGGUGGCACGAGGGAUGUUGUGCCGCAGUCGUGCUCGAGUGCUCGUGGCCUUGGGCCUCGUGCUCUUUCUGUGGCAGUAUUUCCGAGCCCCCAUGGCAAGCACUGUCCACUUCUUCUGGUCUCCCUCUCUCCUCGAUGCCCGUCUCGAGCCCCUGGUCACGGUCCCCUGCACCAGCAAUGUCAACAGCUCAGCCUGGUUUAACGCCCGCUACAACGCAACUGUGGGGCUCCUGCUGACAGUGCAAGCCCAGGACCUCUCGGCGGAUGUUAUUCAGUGGUGGCUGAGGCUGCAGGGCUCCCGAAGCGGAGCCCAGCUCCAAGCGACAAUUCAGCAGCUCUUCGCCGUUCUCCCAUCUCCAACCAGUAGCACAUGGGCUGCAUCCCAGUGCAGGACUUGCGCUGUGGUGGGAAAUUCAGGCUGGCUGAGAGGAUCCCGCCACGGGCUACAGAUCGACUCCCAUGACUGGGUGCUGAGGAUGAACAGAGCAAAAAUAGCAGGCUUCGAGGUGGAUGUUGGCAUGAGAACAACCCAUCACUUCAUGUACCCAGAAAGCGCAGUGAACCUCUGGCCUGGUGUCCACCUCAUCCUUGUCCCCUUUAAGCCACUGGACCUGAAGUGGGUGGCCAGUGCCUUUUCCACAGGAGAACUCACACGCACAUACAUGAAAGUCAAACAGUUCAUCAAAGCUGACCGAAACAAGGUGCUGAUCCUGAGCCCUGCUUUUCUCAAGUACAUCCAUGACAACUGGACUCAGCACCAUGGAAAAUACCCCUCCACUGGCUUCACUGCACUGCUCUUCGCCCUGCAUGCCUGCCAGCGGGUCUCCGUGUUUGGCUUUGGAGCAGACACCAAAGGGAACUGGCAUCACUACUGGGAAGAAAACCGCUACUCUGGAGCCUUCCGCAGGACAAAGGUCCACGAUGCUGAUGUUGAAUUCAGCCUCAUCAAGAGAUUAGCAGCUGAAGGCAGGAUUUUUUUCUAUGAAUGACAUAUUGCCAAGAAACUGAAGCCUGGGUGUUAGCACAAGAACUGGCAGAGACACCUGCACCUGCUGGCAGCUGCAUCAGCUCUUUAGCUUGCUUCUCCUACCAGUGCUGCCACCCUCCCAGCCUACUGCUUCGGGUUUUUUUGAGCUGGUCCCAACAGCUCAGUACUGGAGACAGCGAUGAGCAGGAGCUGUGGCAGCAGCUUAGCUUCAGCUAGAUGUCUGCUAUAGGUCCUGCUUCUUCACCAAAGAAGACACCAAGGGUGAGGAGCUGAAGCUACCCCCUAGCUUCUGGAGUCCUAAAACUGGAUCCAUUACAUCCCAGGUGGAUGUGAACGUAACUGCAGACACAUUCAAGUAGAUGGGAGAAUUAUACUAGGUCUGAUCUGGUUGUUGCUGCAGGAGAAAACAUGCACAGGAAGAAGAA